AUGGAGUUAGACACAAGGAGUGUGACCUCAGAACCAGCCUCUCCAAUGAACAGUCCAGAGAAGGAAAGAAUGGAAAUCUCCUCUGAACUGAGCAGCCCAGAUUCGCAGAGCAGGGACAGUGGGUUCUUUGAAAGAGGCAUUAAAACAAUGUUUAGCAUCCGGAAAUCAAAACGAAGUCUGAAAAAAGAGAGAGGGAAAGAAGCUACUGGCACUUGGAAUGCAAAAAGACUUCUGCAAACACUCAGGAGCUACGAGGAGAACAAACCCACAAUUGGUAAUAGCGUGGAGAAGAUUGUUGAAAUAUGUAAGCCCAUUGAAGCAAAACCUCUUUCAGUAAUGGAAAUUAAUGAACUUAUUCAGAAAAGACAACUUUUGGAAGCGUUUGCAAGUAUCAAGUUAAUGGAAGAUGAGACUAUCUCUGAACGGGAUUCUGAGAAAUACAGUGAUAACCCCCAGGAGUUUGUACGGAAAUCCAAGGAUGUGGAUUUGCUUUAUAACUCCAUUGCAAACGCAAUCCAGUCCAUAGUGGAGGGAACACUGGAGGAUCCCACUUUACAGCAUACCAUGCUGACCUCCAUGGUGAUUUUAAUUGCCCGUGAAGAAGCAGCUCAUCCCAACACAGACAAUGAUGCUCGUCCUGGAUCAGAUUUGCUCGGCAGGCCCAGAAAGUGGAGGGAGCAAUGGAGGGAAGCUAUCAACGAGAGUGCAAGAAAAAGAGUCCUGAAGGCACCCAUGGCAUCAAAGGAAGAAGCAACUUCUUGGCUUGAUCUCCACUUGCAUUUCCUCCAGGAACACCUGAGGGAAGAUUUACUGAAAAUCAAGUCAUCAGUAAAAAAAUGCUAUCCAGAGGAGUACCAUGUGUGUGACACAUAUGUGGAAGCUUUUCACAAUGCCAUUGCCUCACAUUUGCAAGAACUCUCCCAGGAACCACUGGACUUCCACGAGCUCUACACCUUGCUUGACUGGGUGGCCAACACCUACCACAGUGAACUCUUUCUGGGUCAUCCCGAGCUCAAACCAGAGGUUAAGACAGAAAACCUGUCCUUGCUGUUAACACCAGCUGAUUGGGAUAAACUGAAAAAUGACUACAUUGCUUCUGCAAAGGGGAAAAUAAGAAGUUAUUUUGGAAACAUCCUGAGACUAGAGGUCACAGAGAAGUGGGAGAAGGAAGUUCAUUCAGAAGAGAAGGAAAACCUCUACCACCACUCACUCUCUUUUGAUAUUCAAACGAUCAUCGGGGAGCACAUGAAGUUAUCUGGAGCUAUCAGCAGAAGCCUGGAAACAAAAAUGCUUGAGUUGUGCAUGGCAGAGCUGCUCGAAUUCUUACCAAGGUUUGAGCAGGAGUUCACAGCGUGGAGCACUGCCCAGGACAGCCCCAUCUUUGUGCCCUAUCUUGUUGCCUACAUCAACAGCUUCCAUGAUCUGGUGUCAGGGUUGGAAACAGCAUUUAAAGUCAAUACUGAAGGACUGCAGAAGAUUUUGGCAGCUCUGACAAGGAACUUCACAAACAUUUUUUUAACAAAAUUAAGAACAAAAGCACAGCCACUCCUUAAGAAAAUCCUGACCAAGAACUGGAUAUUGGCGACGGAAAGGCCGGACUCACUGGCGUCAGCAGUCUCGCAGUUCUCCGAGCACCUGCAGCACAUGAGGGAGCCCCUGAGGCAGGAGCUUCUACAUGAAGUUCAUAAAUACGUGGUGAAGGAAUAUGUAACACAGGUCAUCAAACCCAGAUGGAAAAUGAACAGUGAGACACGGCAGCAAGUGAGCAGAAAGAUGAGCCUGGAAGCUUCAAUCAUUCACAAUACACUCAUUGAUCAGGGCUCUGACGCUGACUGGCUCCUCCCCGCCAUCAAUCACAUUGCCAAUAUCAUUGGGGAGAAGAAAAAAGACAAGAUCAAGGCAUAUGUCAAGGAGCUGUGCCAGGACUAUCCAGAUAUCAGGAAGGAGCACAUCCUGGCCAUCCUGGCGCUCCGGGGGCUGGGGCGCACCAGAAGAGCGGCGAUUUUUCGGCAAGUGCACCAUGUACAGGAGAGCUCCAACGGAGGAGAGGGCAGCACACUCUUUGCUGAAAUUGAUGUUCCAGUAAUCAUCAGCUGCUUCUAA